UCAGAGCGUUUCCUGAAAACGGCAGAACGGUGCUCACAGCUCAGCAGACCAACCCCACUAUCGGUACUACAUCUCAACAGUCCUCCAAAAAGACCAGCCAGCAGAGACACCAUCCACCUAACACAGGCGACUCUGAGCGCUCUCUUUCCGGGACUGGGCAGAACACCAAACGGUCACCUCUCAGACAGCCCUCUGACAGUCAGGAGGUUCUACAUACCAUGGGGUCUAGCCUGCUGUAAGAUGGCCACCUUGAGCAAUCACAACCAGCUUGUUCUUUCUAAUGGCUCACACCCAGAGGAAUACAAAAUCGCAGCCCUGGUCUUCUACAGCUGCAUCUUCCUGAUUGGGCUGUUUGUUAAUGUCACUGCAUUGUGGGUUUUCAGCUGUACGACCAAGAAAAGAACCACAGUAACCAUCUACAUGAUGAAUGUCGCACUACUGGACCUAGUAUUCAUACUGAGUCUGCCCUUUCGGAUGUUUUACUAUGCAAAAGGAGAGUGGCCAUUUGGAGAGUACUUCUGCCACAUUCUUGGGGCCCUGGUGGUGUUCUACCCAAGCCUUGCUCUGUGGCUUCUCGCUCUCAUCAGUGCUGACAGAUAUAUGGCCAUCGUACAGCCAAAAUACGCCAAGGAGCUGAAGAACACCGGCAAGGCCCUGCUUGCAUGUGUGGGGGCCUGGAUAAUGACCCUGACCACCACUGUCCCCCUGCUACUGCUCUAUGAAGACCCAGAUAAGGCCUCCUCCCCUGCCACCUGCCUCAAGAUCUCCGACAUCAUCCACUUAAAAGCUGUCAAUGUGCUCAACUUCACACGACUCCUAUUUUUUUUCCUGAUCCCUUUGUUCAUCAUGAUCGGGUGCUAUGUGGUCAUCAUUCACAGUCUCCUCCGAGGGCAGACGUCUAAGCUGAAGCCCAAGGUCAAGGAGAAGUCCAUACGGAUCAUCAUCACGCUCCUGCUGCAGGUGCUCGUCUGCUUCGUGCCCUUCCACAUCUGCUUUGCCAUCCUGAUGCUACAAGGAGAGGAGAACGGCUACAGCCCCUGGGGAGCCUUCACCACCUUCCUCAUGAACCUCAGUACCUGUCUCGAUGUGGUUCUCUACUACAUUGUUUCCAAACAGUUCCAGGCUCGAGUCAUCAGUGUCAUGCUAUACCGCAAUUACCUUCGCAGUGUGCGCAGAAAAAGUGUCCGGUCAGGCAGUUUACGGUCACUUAGUAACAUUAACAGCGAAAUGCUUUGAGUCAAAGCAAGCUGCCUGUCUUCAGUCUCUUUAAAAUUCUUUUCCUAUCUACUCUCAGGUGAACCAGCAUUCUACACUAUCCAGUCCCUUCUCUAAUAAAGAGAAAUAAUAAUGAUAAACUUUCAAAACUUCUGUGGUGUUGUAUUCCAGCAACAUGAUUAAAUGCUGAGUAUUCUGA